AUGCAAGAAUUAUUUCGAUAUUUAUUUUUGAUUAUUUUUGCAUUAUUCGUUCUAUCUUUUCAUCAUAUUGAAUGUCGAAGUGCAUUACCACAAAAUAUAGAUCGUUUAAAAAGUUCAUUAAAACAUAUUGAUUAUCAAAAUCUUUGCAUGUUUCGAAAAAAUCGUCUAUGCAAUUUUCUACAUGAAAUGAAUAAUGCUACAUCUGAUGAAACAAAACAAGAUCAAGAACUGUGGAAACGUGGUCUUAGUCAAUUCUACAGCAUUCUGGGAAAAGCUCCAAGUGAAGCACUAACACAGCACGGUAUAGCACUUGCCAAGUUGCCAGAUUUUGGUUCAUUGGCAAUGUCCAAAUGCGUCUUAGCUUCACUGCAAAACUAUAAUUGUGGUCGUGAUAUGAUAUCUCUUUCAUCUAUUCUAAGCGUUUUGAAUACUACUGUAGUAUUGAAAGGUAUACCACAACAUUUCAAAAGUUCAGAUGGCGACUUUAUGACAUUAUUAAAUGUAAUGGAUCAAAUAUUACUUGUUAAGCAAUCUGUACCAUCGAAAGAUUUUCGUUUAGAAAGAGUUUGUAAAGCGAAAGGUUUGACCGGUAUUCAACAUAUUUUAAAACAAGCAUUGAGACGUCAAACAAAUUUAGAAAAAGCAUUUAAUUUAUCUGUGGAUUAUCGUACAAAAGCACAAAUUAAAUCAAACGAUUGGGAAUUAAUUGCCAAAUCACUAUUAGCUGGAUAUUCUAGUAAUGUAUUUGCAUCAAUGAAGGAACUACAAGAUAGAUCUCAGCUUUAUAUUCGAUACAAUAAUUCAGCAGAUAACGAUAUUGCCGAAUUAGAUUCACAGUCCGUUCUAGCUCGAACAACCACCAAAGAUCCCCCAUCCUUCGUUUUAGUUCGAGAUAUUCGUUAUUCGACGUCAGUCCGUUCGAAAGCUUUACUUUCAUUUGUUGGUGAGAUUAAACCUGAAUGGGUUGAGUAUGGAAUUACGCGUCAAUUAAAAUUAACUUCUGAAGAAGAAAAUCGUCUAAACAGCAACAAUAUAUUUCAAAAUGCUCUAGCGAAAUUCUCUCAUCGAAUUAGCAUGCUUUUGAAUAAUACAGCUAAAGCUGCUAUCCUAUCGGGCCCAGCAGGCACUGUUUUCACCUCUGAACUACAUCUUCGACAAAACAUGGUAGAAGAAUUUCACUUUCAAUUAGAAAAUAAAAAUCCGCCUAAAUCAACACAAUAUACGAAUCUAGCUCGAAAUUUGGAAAGUGUGAUGAAAAUGCCGCAGAUAUUUAGACCAAUGCAAUGGCGUUGGCAAAAUCAAAAACAAGUGAUCAUAACAGUUAACUGUAAUACAUCAACAAAGACUUGUGAUAUAACAGUGAACGCAAGAAAUUCAGAAUAUCAAAAUGUGAAAAAAGAAUUCGCUUCAUUUUUGAGAUGGUUACAGGAUUGUGCUGUCAUUCGACAUCCGAAUUCGGGUAAGUGA